AUGACUGGAAUGACUCUUAUCAUUUCUGCAAUGGUUCUGGCAGUACAGGUAUUGUUAAAAAGGGAUAUUGUCAUCAUUUUUUUUUUGGCAUUUUCAGCGAAUGGAAAAACCUUUGGUAGAUGCGAACUGGCAAAGGAAUUAGCAAGAAACGGUGUAGCCCAUGGUGAUAUUGAUGACUAUGUCUGUAUGGCAGAAUAUGAAUCUGGAUUUGACACUCACAUCAGAAGUGCGGCAAAUUCUGAUGGAUCUCACGACCAUGGAAUUUUCCAAAUAAAUGAUUACUGGAAUUGUGAUCCUGAAAAUGGACAUACCACAAAGAACGGCUGCAACCAUCCCUGCUCAGAUUUCAGAAAUGACGAUAUAUCUGAUGACAUCAGCUGUGUACAACAGCUGAAAAGAGAACAUCACGGAUUUGGUUUUUCUUAUGCCUGGAGAGAUCACUGUACACAAAUAGACUCGGACUAUCUCAGAGGAUGCUCUUAUUAGGAAGAUUUCAUCCAUCACUUCUGCCAAAUAUAGCUAUGCCACAUACUGUGCUUAAAAUAUGUUCUGAAUUUUUUUUAU